GUGUUCCGUCUUCCCCUCGGAACGGCCGGGGAUCCAGUGUGUCGGACGGAGACGCAUGGUGGCUGCCAUUCUGGCGUGAGUUGAGUGGUUGACGCGAAGAAAGUUGUUGGGUAGGAGGCUCGUCGUCGGGUAUGUGGUCACCGUAGGGCUGUUUCUAAGCGGUGGGAUGUCAGUAUUGGCCUACCAAUGUGCACCUGAGACCCUAGCUCUGCGGUGAAGAGGAAGAAAGUAGUCACACACCAUCUCGCUCAGAGGCACAGCUAGGUCCCACAUUCCACCACCACCGUGAGAGCUGCUUGGAGGGGUCAAGUGCGGAAUGCUCUGCAGCUGGUGAGUAGAGGUCACGGCCAUGUAUGUCCUGCCGUCUGUCCUGCCGGGCGGUGGGGGUUUGGAAAAGUGGAUCGAGUGUCUCAAGCACUAAGGAAAGGGCGUUCGCGCCGACGUCACCGGAGGUCCUCUGCGCUGUGGCUGCUUCGAACGCGUAUAUGUCGCAGUGUGAUCAGGGUUUCCCGUCUGUGGGAAUAGCGGCUAUGAGCGAUCGGCCAUGGAGCUGUGAAAGAGAGUUGUAUGCCUGGUGUUUGCGCAGUACUCCUGCCCCUGCUCGCCGGCGAGGGAGCGAUCAAUUGUCGCGGCGUCUCGAAGAAAGGGGGAACGAACGACAGCGGAAAGGGUCCCUGCGAGGCUCCUGUCCAAUAUCAGGAAUCUUGCUAGCCGCAGAGUCGACGGCGAGGGGGGCGGAGAGGGGAGGGGAUAAUGAACGACGGGCGCGGUGCUUGGGAGGAUGCUCAGUUUGGUCGAUGAUUGGAGAGGAAACACACACAGCGCUUGGGCCACGUCGCGGGCGAGGCCGAAGAGAUCAGCGAGGAAGCGGACACAGGAAAUCCUACUAACCCGCACAGUCUGGAUCUCAGCCCUGUUGCUGUGUUCAGGAAGCUCGCUUCAAAGCACAAAGAUUCUUUUCAAAAGUCUUCGUGGUGCUGUGUUUACCAUUUCGAUGCGGGGUUCUUGAGCCACGUGCCCCAACAUUGCAUAGUAGGUUCACUAG